GUGUGUGUGUGUGUGUGUGUGUGUGUGUGUGUGUGUGUGUGUGUUGCAGCCAAUUGUUGAAAGGCUGCUGCGAGGUGGAGCUUCUUCUUCUUCCAGGCGCGACGCGUCCGAGUCCUCAGCCGGCCAGCAGCGCGCAAGCAUCGGGCACUGAGGAAGAAAGCAAACCAACGCCGAGAAACAUCCCGGAUAGGAUUGCUCUUCCUUUUUUUCUUUUAAAUUGAUUUUUUAAAUUAUUCCUCUCAAUUUCUGGGGCUCAUUUCGGCGACGAUGAAGCUGAAGACGGACGCGCUCCGCCACCGGCACCUCCCCCUCCUCCUCGUGGGGUUUUUUGCCGCCGCCGUGAUGGCAAAGCCGGCCCGGUUGAAAUUUGUCGUGCACGAACCCUCUCGCUUCCAUUUUGACAAACCCGAGAACUACAUCAGCAUGUACCACCAGGAGGCCAGCGACACGCUCUACGUGGGCGGCCAGGCCGUCAUCUACGUGCUCACGUUCAACAACCGAGGCGUACGCGACGUGCAGAUCCCGGCACCGUCGGACCAGACUGCCAUCGACACCUGCAAGGCCAAGGCGGCGCCGCUUGAGCUGGAGUGCGACAAUUUCAUCACGGUCAUUGAGAAAGUCAACGACACCUUCAUCGUGUGCGGGACAAAUGCCGGGAGUCCUCGCUGCUGGAUGCUGGUUAACGACACGGUGCUGACCGACGUCCAGGGCGUUGGGCAUAUCGCGUCACCCUCCGACAUCUCCCCGCCGUAUCCCUCGCAGAAGUCCAUCAGCCUUCCCGCAGAUGGAAGUCUGUAUUCAGCGAUUUCGGCAGUGGGCGGUCACGCCGGCUCCAUCCGCCGCACCUUCGGGUCCCAAAAGCUCCUGAAGACCGAGAACAUUUGGCUGCUGAACCCUCAGUUUGCUGGAGCUGCCAUCAUCCCAUCAUCCGCCAAGUACAAGGAGGAGAUCUACUUCUUCUUCAGUGAGAUUAACAAAACGGCCCGGGUAGACGAGGAGCCGUAUCGGGCUCGCAUCGGUCGGAUCUGCACGGUUGACAAGGGUGGGAUCGAGCCCCUGCUGCCUGACUCGUGGACCACCUUCAUGAAGGCGCGGGUCAUGUGUGGUGCCGGAAACACUCAGCAACAGUACAACAACAUGAAGCAAGCCGUGGUUCUGACUGCGCAGGACAACCGGGCCGGUGUCAUGUACGGCCUCUUUUCCAAUGCCUGGGGUAGAACCGUGAUCUGUGCCUAUUCCAUAGAGGAUAUCAACCAGGCCUUCUCCACAUCCAAGCUAAAGGGCUACAGUAGCUCCUUCAUCGGAAAUCGACCUGGAAUGUGUGGUCGAAAGAAUUCCUCGGUGGAAAGUCACACUUACAUGAAAAACUUGGGCAUUAUCCGUUACCACCCAGAAAUUGAGGAUGUGAUCCGGCCAGUGGGUGUGGCCCCACUGGACCUGCCGACGGAUGACCAGAUCACACACACGGUUGCAGACAUCGUCCUGGCCGUCAAUGACGAGCAUUACAGCGUCCUUUACCUCGGAACAGAACAAGGAAAAGUCCUCAAAGUUCUUCACAGCAGCGAAGGAGUCUUCAUCGUCUCCCAGUAUUCCAUGUUCCGCAACGAAGGGCCCGUCCUCAACAUGGCCAUCAACCCCCAAAAGGGUCACCUGUACGUUGCCACGGCGAUGGAGGUCCAGCGGCUGCCGCUGGCCGACUGCGGUCGCUAUGGCGACACGUGCCGGGAGUGCAUUCUGUCCCGGGACCCGUAUUGCGGCUGGGACAAGGCCAGGAGGAGGUGCAUUGCCAUCCCGCCAGGAUACAACGUCACUUCUGGCACGCUGAUUCAGAACCUGGACCAAUCCAAUUCAUCGGUUUGCGGGGAAGCUGCUGCCCUCAAGCAGCGUCGCACCUCCCCCAAGGAAGUUCUGGUGCCGUCCAACACCUCCAUCUUUCUGCCUUGCCCGGUACGCUCCUUCCACGCCACCUACCGCUGGGAAAAGGACAACUGCAUCAAAAACUACCCCUGCCUCUUCUCCGGCGACUUCUGCGUCCUCGGGCCGGCGGUGGACACCCCCCUGAGGGACGGGGUCUUCCGCUGCAUGGCCACCGAGGACGGGUUCAAGGUGGAGGUCAUCUCCUUCAAGCUGGUCAACCACGGUCGGCUGCUGGCCGCCUCGCUCGCCUCCACCGUGGGGCCGUCGCUGAUGCUCGCCAUGGCCGCCGUCUGGCUUCAUUAACUGCAGCUAUCGCUAACCACGUAUCCUUAAUUACUCACAUAACAGGAAAUACGCAGGAGGGUUGGUUCACAGAGUAUUGGAUAAUGAGGUAACGUUUAAAACAGUGGUUCUCAAACUGGGGUCAUAAGAUGGAAUCAUUUGCAACAAAUAAGGUUGUAUUGCAUUUAAUUAAGAGCAGACAUAUGCCAAUGAAAUCAAUCAUCGAUAAUCAAUUAUUAAAAGUCCUGACAUCCCUCCAUGAUUUUUUUUGUUUUAUUUAUUUUCUAACAAGCACAAAAGAUACUUUUCUUAAGAUGAAUACAGUCCUAUUUUUGGAGGGAAUAAAGGUAUCCUCUCCGUAUUAAAAGUCGCAAUAUCAUGAGAAUAAAUUUGUAUUUUUGAAUUUGACUUUAAGAUAUUAUACAUCGUGUUUCGACUAUGUUGAAUAAAUACCAAAUUAUCCUCAUGAGAUUAAAAUUUACUGAUAGUCAGGUUUACAACCAACUUUGUCAAAAAAAAUGACAAUUCUCAUACCACUGUUGUACUUUUUAUAUAAAAAAAAAAAAAAGACAAGAUUACGACUUUUAUGUUGAAAAUUGACAACCUUUUAAUUCAUCAUUAGACAUUUAGGGGUAAACAUGCUAUUUAUUUUUAAGUGGGUUAUAGGAAUUUCUCUCCUGUAGGGGGGUCCCUGGACCAAAAGCGUUUGAGAACCCCUGUCUUAAAACCUUCUGGUCAGAUCAGAAGUAACACAGAAUAAUCCAAGAUUAAAUCAUUUCAAUUUGUGACCUUUCAAACUACAGUGAACCCCUACCGAUUUGCAGUUUACCAUUCACAAAUUCAUUUACAGCCAGCAGGGAUAGGGAUCGAGCCCUGCCACUAGUAACUGACCCCCGCCCACACAAAAAUAUAUCCGAUUUCUAAUAGGUAUUAAUCAUUUCAACCAAAAAUAUACCCCAAUUAUAAGCCUAGAACAUGGCCAUCACUUCAAAAUUAUCUUACAUGACUCAACAGAGCAGAAAAAUACGCAUACGGCAAAGACUGACUUCCGCUAACGACCCAGGCAAAAUUUAGCUCACCCGAGACAAAGAUUUGAGAUAUAUCACCUCAUGAUACUUCUUUAAUAUCAGUUGCUACUACGAAGUAAUAAAGUAUUUUCAGACCAGUUUGCGGUAAAUUUAGUUUAAUCAAUGAAUAUAGGCAAAUAAAGUAUAUUUGUUCAAUUACUCCCAGAUUUUUGCUAUUCUAAGAUUUUUCGGUACACAAGUACCACGAGGCUUCUUUAUGAACCAUCCCUCUCGCACUGUAAGCUAAACAUAUCCAAUGAGUUGAAAACAAAAAUACCAAGCCGAUACUUUAUCACCAUUUCUUUCGAUAUUUUGACUAGAUUGUGCUUCUUUGUGGAGAUGUGAAGCUUUACUAUUGCUCUUACAUCAUACAUCUUGCGUCACUUCUUACAUGUCAUUGGUAGUUUUGGGGGAAAAAAAAAACAAACAAAAAAGAAAGUCUGGUAUUGAGAUUUUCAAAGCCUUAAUACUUCUGGGACAUCAACUCCUAAGCACAAUUUUGCAGUCCAUGCAGAAUACUGCGCGUUCGCUGGGACUCGGGCAACAUUGCUGGGAGGAAGCGUCAUCUAUAUUUUGACAGAACGAAACUAGGGUGAGCAAACGCUCGUUGCCGACCAUCACUGUGUCUCAGCACCUCCUCCUAAGACAAGGGCGUUUUUAUUUUUAAUCUUUUGGCCAAGACCCCAUCUGAAAUGACCACCUUGUUCACAGUUUUGCUUCUAAAGGUCAAAUUUGUAGAGCGCAGUACCUUUGGAAAGUUAGCAGGACCAGAGAAACUCAAAUUUGGACAGUCUUUGGGAAAGGUCAACUGGUUUGGACCAAGCUCAGUUAGGUGGUCCGAGUAAAACUGUGGAUGAUGCAGAUUGAAAGUCUGUUUUUCUGGUUUUACUAAUAGUUUCUAAUCAACAAUUUCUGACACAAGGCUGGGUGAUGGGAUCUGAAUACUGAUUUUAUGACAUUUUUGUUGUUCCUUCCCGUGUAGAAUAUCAAAUGACAGUGACAGUAUUCAAAAGUUCUAGAUUUUUGGUUUUACUUUUACAGUAGACAAACAAAGCGAACGGGAAUUGCUUUAUAAAAUCAAGCAAUGGCGUCCAACAGAGUAUAAAGACGUGAACAAGGUGUUGCAGUAGAAAAUUUUACGCAGACCUCGUCAUAAGGGCAAAUAUUUUUACCAGGAAAGAAACAAAAAAAAAAGGCUUGUAUUUAGAUUUGUGAUGUUCUUUAAUUUAUCGCUGCCAGUGCUGACUUCAACCAUUGCUGCCUCUUUACAUGAACAUUUGUCUUGAUGCGUUGUUUUUGUUUUUAAAUGCCAUAGUUGGAAUCUGAUAUGUAACUGUAACUCUGAUAUGUAUUUUUCUUAAAAAGUCUCAAAGCUGUGAUGUAAACAAAGUUAACAGUCCCCGGACGGCUGCUUCGUAUACGUUCGGCCGCAACUGGCUGAUAAAGAAAUGUUCUAGUUACACGUUUGACUUGAAAUAAGGUCUCUCACUGGAGUCGUGUAGAGGAUUAAAAUGUUCUCCAGCGCGCCGCUAAAUUAUCAUUUAGUCUUGUCGGGCCAUCCGCUGUGGCUCGGCUGUCAUUAAUAGCUAAUUAGGAGCCGGCUCGGUGCGCUCUACAUUUAUUUGACUUUACGAGCAGUGCGGCUUGAGACGGCGACUUUUGCCUUCCUCGCUCGCACUCGCUGCUUGCAUAUUCAAUAGCUUGCGGCAUGGCGACAACACCUUAAUUGUCCAAAAACAAAAAUGUCAACAACAAAAAAACAAAUAACAAAAGCUGCGCUGAGCCAAUGACACCUUUCCUGCAUACCAGGCAUGGACACGAGAACCACAUUCAUCCAAUGAACAGGCAGCAGGCUUCAGAGGUGGGAAACUUGAGUCACAUAACUUGACUGGAGGCAGACGUUAAAACCCUUAAAGUCAAUUUUGAGAUGUUUCUAAAUAGGUGAUACGUGUUUGCAAGCUGUUUUUCAAUAUUUCAGAUUAUGAGGCGGACUGUGGUUUUGCGCAUUCAAAGGUUUACAGAGCAAAAAAAAAAAAAAAUGUAUAUAAUAUGUAUUGACUUUGUAGUAUGAUACUCGUCUGAUUUGAACUUCAUUACCUCCUGCAUGAAUAAGUUUAAAAAAAAAUCAUAACAUUGUGCCUUUUGUUUUUUUGAAAGGAAAGUUAUUUAUGUGUGGUGCACGCAAACCUGGCAACCAACCGGUAUGGCCUGGGUGCAGUGUGACCACCUCAUGAAGCAAAAAUUAUGGAAGGAGAGUCAAAUAUUAUGACAUUUGGUUCAAGGAAUACGUUAUGGAUAAAAUCAGGGAAAAGGGAAUGGCCAGAUCCAAUGUAUGCAACUCACCUCGACACAAAAACUGACAUUUCAUCUGUAACUAUAGAAUCCACAAAGACAGACGAGCUAAGUUAAAUUCAUAGUUAAGCUAAUUGAUAGGUAGUCAAACAUGAAGCUUCAGGCCGGUUAUGUAUUAGACAGUACACAGACUGGCUCGGGACUUCCAUUUUUCAUUUACAACACCGCUUAUCCUGGUUAGACUCGUGGGAGCCUAUCCCAGGUGAUUUCACACGCCUACAUCCUAAACUGGUCACCAGUCAAUCGUAGGUCACAUAAAUGUCGUGACUAAGUGGGAACUGAACCCACACUGCCUACACCAAAAUCAGGCAAGUGUACUAGUCCACCAUCAGAGACCCCUUGGCUUGGGACUAUUUAAAAAUAAAAUGACGUGAUACACAUGUACUGUAUUACUCAUGAUAUCAUUGACGUCAUGGCUUAACUCAACUUGCUUGAAAUUUAGUCAGAACCCGACUUGACUUGAUUGUUGCCACAGUGAUUCAGGA